CUAUUCGACUACAAGUGGAUGCUUCGGAAUGGAGCGUCAGAGAGCGUGUGGCUUGCUGUUGUAUGUCAUACGUCACAGCUACAAGCUUUUUGACAUUUCUUCGUCUGCUCCUGAUUCACAAUGAUUUGAGUAAAAAAAAAAUACACAUAAUUUUACAUCUAAAUUUCUUCAUGGAUGAAUAAAAUGCCACAAGAACAUGUUAAAAAAAUGUCAUCUAUUUUUAUUUAAUAAUAGAAUUUUUGUUACAUUUUUUAUUUGGUUAAAUUGAAAAUCUAGCAAAUUGCAACUUUGAAUGGGUCUGAUGGGGGACGUCCUGAAGAUGGUUUGGAACUCCUCUCAGCCCUUGAAUGAAUGCUGCGCUCUGAUUGGCUGUAGAGUUUGAGGGGGCGUGGCUCUGCAGCGGUUCGGAGCUGUGGGUGAACUCCACAGUGUUGUGGGGAGGGAUGGCUAAUGGAAAGCGUACUACUUGACAGCGAUCCGUCCCUGUAGGCUGCAUACAGUUCACAUCAGGGCUCCCCCCAUCACUGUGCGUCCCGUGGGGGUGUAUGUGUGCGCGUGCAGUGAGGAUGAACGUGUCAGAAAGGGGACGCGUUGCAUGCGUGGCGGUGCGAUGAGUCCAGUGCACUUUGCGGGACUUGCGCUGCAGAGAGCGGACCCCACGACCCGCCGCUGACAAGCGGGGGCAGAGGGAGAGGAGGGUGAGGAGGGUGGUGGUGGAGCGGAGACGGCGCUCACUGCUGUGGAGAGCCACAGCCGGGCUCUCUUUGCGGAGGAAAUCAUGCAGUUUGCAAUCUGGCUGCUUGGGCUAACGUGUCAUCUGUCACCGCUCGUCCGAGGCGCUCUGCAGCAGCGAUUGCACCCCAAACAAGAGCGCUUCAUUAAGCAGCUGUCAUCGUAUGAAAUCACCACUCCGCUGCGCGUGAAUGACUUCGGAGAGUCCUUCCCGCACGCGCUGCACUUCAGGAGGAGGCGCAGGAGCGCGGACGACGAGCUGUCGGGCGCGCGGCUCCACUACCGGGUGGACGCGUUCGGGGAGCUCUUCCACCUGAACCUCACGGCGGACUCCAGCUUCAUCGCCCCCUCGUACGCGGUCAAGCACUUGGGAGGCGAGCGGGACAACGGCACGGAGCCGCGCGCCCACGACAUGCGCCACUGCUUCUUCCGCGGGCACGUCAACGCCAAGCGCGAGCAUCCCGCCGUGUUCAGCCUGUGCUCCGGCUUGAUCGGAACAUUUACAACUCAGCAUGGUGAAUACUUCAUGGAGCCUCUUUUAACCCCCGACGGAGAUGAGUAUGAAGAGGCGCACAACAAGCCCCACCUGGUGUAUCGACAGGGUAGAAAGAACGUCUCGAGUACGGAUGAGCCCCACGCCGCCCCAGAAGCAUCAGUGAAGCCGGUCGCCUUUGAGAGCAGAGGGGAUAUUAGAGAGGAGCUGGACUCUUUCAGAGACGUUGUAGAAAAACUAAAAAGCCAUGAGAUCAACUCCACCAGAGAACAAAGCAGACCCGGGCGCAGACGCAAACGCUUCCUCUCUUAUCCACGAUACGUCGAGCUCAUGGUGACGGCAGAUGCUAAAAUGGCCCGCCAUCAUGGUCGCAACUUGGAGCACUACAUCCUAACAAUCAUGUCAGUAAAACAGUGCAAAAGGUUAUGGUGUACCAGUUCCGAAGGGGACCACAAAGGCUGCCGUACCCAACACAUGCCCCUAGCUGAUGGGACGGACUGUGGCCAUGGAAUGUAUUGCAAGCACGGAAUGUGUGUCAACAAGGAACUGGACCUGCAACCAGUCCAUGGGGAGUGGGGUCCUUGGGGACCCUACAGUGUUUGCUCCAGGUCCUGUGGAGGAGGAACAAGGAGUGCCGCCAGAGACUGCAACAAGCCUGAGCCGAGAAAUGGCGGUCGCUUCUGCGUGGGCCGCCGCAUGAAAUUUCGCUCCUGCAACACUGAGCCAUGUCCAAGAGGAAGGAAAGACUUCCGCGAAGAGCAAUGCUCGCAGUUUGACGGCAAGCACUUUAACAUCAACGGCCUGACUCCCAGUGUCCACUGGGUCCCCAAGUACAGCGGCAUACAGAUGAAGGAUCGCUGUAAGCUGUUCUGCCGGGUGGCUGGUGCUAUGAUGUACUAUCAGCUAAAGGACCGCGUCAUCGAUGGCACUCCGUGUGGUCCAGACACGUAUGACAUCUGUGUUCAGGGACUCUGCAGGCAAGCAGGCUGUGACCAUGUCCUUAAUUCCAAGGCAAGAAAUGACAAAUGUGGCGUGUGCGGAGGGGACAACUCCUCCUGUAAAACUCUGGCGGGGACCUUCAACGACGCUCAGUAUGGUUACAACACAGUGGUCCGGAUCCCCGCCGGAGCCACCAACAUUGAUAUCAAACAGGUCAGCUACUCAGGAAAACCUGAAGAUGACAGCUACCUCGCUUUAUCUGAUAGCCAAUCCAAUUUCCUCCUAAAUGGAAACUUUGUGGUGUCCAUGUUCAAAAGGGAAAUAACUCUCAAGGGAACCGUCAUUGAAUACAGCGGCUCUGACACAAAAGUGGAGCGCAUCAAUUGCACGGACCGCAUUGAGGAGGAGCUCAUACUACAGGUCUUGUGUGUGGGAAACCCCCAUAACCCAGAUGUGCGCUACUCCUUUAACAUUCCCAUUGAGGAGCACAGGGAGCAGUUUUUGUGGGAUCCUUCAGGAUCCUGGCUUGAGUGCAGCCGCAUGUGCCAGGGUGAGCGGAGACGCAAAGCUGUAUGCUUUCGACAAAGCGAUCACCUUGAAGUUUCGGACCAACGCUGUGAACACCUACCUCGUCCUGUUGCUGUCACUGAGCCCUGCAACGCUGACUGUGAAGUCAGGUGGCACACUGCUGGAAAGAGUGACUGUUCGGCUAAGUGCGGCCCAGGUUACCGCAGCUUGGACAUCCAGUGCGUGAAGUACAGCCUCCUGCAGAGGGAGAGUGAAAGGGUGGAGGCGAGCGCCUGUGCAGAGAUCCCCAAACCUCACGCAAGAGAGCCGUGUCAUGGGGACUGUCUCCUCAAGAGCUGGCAGUACAGCGCCUGGUCUCAGUGCUCCAAGACCUGUGGUCAUGGGAGUCGUAGCAGAGAGUCGUACUGUAUGAAUAAUCUGGGCCGUCGCCUGGCGGACAGGGAGUGCGGUGAAUUCCAGAGGGUGGUCACCGAGACCUGCAAUGACCUGCCAUGCCCACAGUGGACUGUGAACGAGUGGAGCGAGUGUCUGGUAACCUGUGGAAAGGGAAUGAAGCACAGACUGGUGACCUGCAUGGGGGGCGGGGAGGAGAAACUGAGCGAGCAGUACUGCGACUCGUCCACUAAACCCCCUGCUGUUGAGAGCUGCCAGCUGCCAGAGUGCGCAUCAUGGCAGGUUGGCAUCUGGGGAGUGUGUGCGGUGACCUGUGGCCAUGGCUACCAGAUGAGAGCCGUGCGCUGUGUGUUAGGGGAUUAUGGCGACACGGUCGAUGACAGGGAGUGUAACGCCGCAGCGAGGCCCAGAGACAGCCAGGAGUGCGAGAUGCCGGCGUGUCCUUGGAUCUCUCCGGUCCAAAGCACCCCUCGUCCCGACAACUCGGCGCAGCUGCACACUCAGUGGAGAUAUGGCUCCUGGACAGCGUGCUCAGUGUCCUGUGGAAAAGGAAAGCAGGCGCGCUACGUCACCUGUAUAAACGCCCAGGGAGCCGUGGCUGAUGAAUCCUAUUGUGCCCACCUACCCCGCCCUCCAGAGUUCUCCACCUGCUUCAGCCCAUGUGGUCAAUGGCACGCAAGAGAGUGGUCUGCUUGCUCGGUGACAUGCGGUGUGGGAAGAGCCACCCGCCAUGUGGUCUGUUCUAACUACCACCACCCAGUGGACCAAUCUUUCUGCGACAGUGACGACAAGCCUGCUGCGGAACAAGAAUGCACUGCUGGACCUUGCCCUUCUGUCUACAACCGUCAGCGCAUUUACGAGCAGCCAUAUGGAUACCCUCAGGACCCCGGACAUCAUCCGGGCCACAGUAGCUGGAACGUCCCGUCAGCAGACAACCAGUGGAGGACCGGACCCUGGGGCGCGUGCUCCAGUACCUGUGAGGGGGGCUUUCAGAGGCGAGUGGUGGUCUGUCAGGAUGGGGAUGGGCGCAGCAACAGCUACUGCGACGAGAGGAUUAAACCCGCCGAGUCGAAGAGCUGCGACUCUGGGCCGUGCCCUCUGUGGAACUAUGGUGUCUGGGGAGAGUGCACCCAGACCUGUGGUGGGGGAAGGAGGACUCGCUUGGUGGUUUGUCAAAGACCCAACGGACAGACGCUUAUUGACUACAACUGUGACAUGCUGGACAAGCCGCCUGACAUGGAGCAAUGCAAUCUGCAGCCCUGCCCGGGCUCCGCCUCCUGGCAUCGCCAACCAUGGAAGCCGUGCUCGGCAAGCUGUGGGCGGGGCAUCAAGCAGCGGGAAAUAGCCUGUGUUUAUCAGAACCAAACCAAAAUAGAGGAGGCUCACUGCAGCCAUCUGCAACGGCCGCGCACACAAAAACCCUGUAGGGCUCGAGUUUGCCCUACUUGGAAAACCAGCAGGUGGCGGGAGUGUUCUGUCACCUGUGGGUCUGGGGUUCAAAACCGGGACGUCUACUGCAGACUAAAAGGAACUGGGCGUGUCAGAGAGGAUCUGUGUGACGCUCACACUCGCCCAGUUUUUCUCCAACCAUGUCAAACCGCCGAAUGUACACACUACACCUGGCUUGCUGGAGAAUGGGAAAAAUGCAAUGUAUCAUGUGGAGACGGCACAAGAUCCAGGAAAGUGUGGUGUGCUGGCCCAGAUAUGACACCCGCCCAGAACGAUUACUGUGAGCCGUCGUCCAGACCUCCUUCAGUCCAGUCCUGUACAGAAGCUGCAUGUCAGUAUGUGUGGGUGGCAGGAGAAUGGUCUCAGUGCUCCGCCAGCUGUGGGAUCGGCUACCAACAACGCUACAUUUCCUGCUCCAUGAUCCCCUCCUCUCCUGGCUUGCAUGCUCAAACCAUCAUCAGUGCUGGAAAGUGCUCUGAGCCCCACCCUCCAGACACCAGGCCAUGUGUGCUUCAGGAGUGUGCAAGCAGUGCCUACUGGAAAGUAGGCCCGUGGAGCAAGUGUUCACAGACCUGCGGGGCUGGACUGAUGGAGCGCAGAGUAGAGUGCGUGACCUUCGAAGGCCAAACGUCCAAAGUCUGCCGCCACUCAGAAAGGCCUGCGUCUCAAGCUGCCUGUCAGGACAGACAAUGUCAGCUUUUCACUUCCUGCCGAGAGGUCCAGAUGAGGCAGGGCGUGAGGAUGGACGGAGAGUACUAUCUUAAAGUCAAGUCUCGCAUCCUCCAGAUUUACUGCGCCGAGAUGCAGACUGAUUUCCCCAAAGAGUAUGUGACGUUACGCAGCGGUCAGACGGACAACUACUCCGAGGUGUACGGCUACAGGCUUCUGAACCCCUUUGAAUGUCCGAACAACGGCAGCCGUCUGCAGGACUGCAGCUGCAGGAACGACUACUCGGCGGCGGGAUACACGCUCUUCCACAAAGUUCGCCUGGACCUGAGCUCUCUGAGAAUAAUGAUCACAGACCUGCAGUUUUCCCAGACUCUUCUUGGCCGUCCCGUGCCCUUUGCCACAGCAGGAGAUUGUUAUAGUGCAGCCAAGUGCCCACAGGGCCAGUUCAGCAUCAAUCUGACUGGAACAGGACUGAAAGUGUCUCAUGCCACCAAAUGGACGUCUCAAGGCAACUAUGUUUCUGUAAAAGUUCACAGAUCUGAGGACGGAACGCGGAUCUACGGCCGCUGCGGUGGUUUCUGUGGGAAGUGCAUUCCCCAGGCUCACAACGGUCUCCUCCUUCAAGUGCACUGAGAGCCAGGCCAAGACGCCACAAACCCACGUGGAAAAACAGGAAAAUCCAAGAGUCAUUUGUGGGGUCUGGACAUGGACUAGUGUCUGAGUGUGUGUGAGUGUUUGUGUGAGGAGGAGCAUCUAAAACCCGACAUCACUGGUUCCCAAAUGGCAGCUAAACACAGCAAUACACUACUUAUACAUCAAAGGUGCCCGGGAAAACAUAAAUUGCUGCUGUUAAUUAUUAUUUUGUUGUUGGUUGCAAUCAAUAGCUUCUUUGAGAAAAUGCACAGGGAUGAUUGUGGAGAACAAAGGAUGGUAAAAAGACAAAAAAGUAUCCUCUCUUAUUAUGCUUUAGUGAUAAUUGGAAAUAUACUCAUCUGCUGUUUGACUGAUGAGAGGAAAAUUACAACUUUAUUAUCUUUCAUUCUAAUUGCAGUCAGUGGACUUAUGUGCAGGAGGUUGAUGAAACCAAGUUUUCUUUGGCUGCUUUCAUAGGAAGGUACUGCCAGGAUCCUCAUGUUAGAACUUCACACCAACCUCAUAACACAAGUCAAAGAAUGGAUCAAAACCCAUAACUGUUGGCCCCUUUUUAACGUAUUUAUUUGACUCUUUUGCUAUUUUUGCUUUCAUUAGCUGAAAGAAAUUCCUCCUGAACAACAAAAAUACAGACUGAAAUGUAAAAGAGAACUGGACUGAGUGACCCUUCCUCCCUUGUGUUCCAAACAGGAAGUACCUGCUGGCUCCAAGAAGCCAAAAUCCCAUUUGGAGAA